AUUGCAUUUGCUGACUCGCUUCAUCAGCACAGACAAGCCUGAGUCAGACAAAAGGAAUAUAUCUCAGCAGAUCACAAGGCAACGGAUAUUUCAAUCAGAAUCCAAUAAUCUGAAGAAUGUAUCCCAGCCAUUCUUUCAAUCAGCCUCCAGGGGCCUUGAAUUCAUCUGAGAAAUCAGCAAUGUUAUAUUCUUUUUCACCACCACCACCAUACCAGGCCAAUCCUGCUGGAUAUCCUCCCUCUUUUCCAAGCCAGCCGGUCCCCCAAGGCCCCUACGCCCAGGGGCCGCAUCCAGGACAACCCGUGGUUGCUGCUCAGCCUGCAGUAUUUGUGACAACCACUCCAAUGGCUAGUCUAGUGCCAGAUUACUUGGGUUACUCUAUUUUCACCAUGCUGUGCUGCUGUUUUCCUCUGGGCAUUGCUGCACUUGUUUUCUCCUUCUCUACUCGAAAUGCCAACUUCGCAGGACAGCGAGCAUUAGCAGAGAAGAAUUCUAAUACGGCGCUCAACCUGAAUCAUGCAGCCCUCGGUAUUGGCGUCGUUUUCAUUGUACUGUAUAUUAUUUUAAAAACUGUGUUGUGAGUUGAUAAAUGCUAAUAAAUACAGAUUUGAUUCUAUGCAUUGUAAAUCCUGUUUGCUCAAUGUCAGUAUAGCCUGUUUAUGACAUAUGCCAUAAGGCUGAUUAUUGUAUGUUUAGACUUUUUUUGCUUAUCUUGUAUGCAGCUGUGCUAAUUUGAGCUUUUUAUUACAUACAUUUUUAUUAUCUAAGUACAUGUAUUGACAUAAAAUACAUUCACUCCCUAUAUCUUUCAAAUGACUGUAUAUGAAUUAUUUUCUUACUCAAUCACAGCCACUAUCAAAACUCUUCAUGUACACUU